CACAAUGGUUCCUUGGCCAAUGGGGACAAGGGACGGAGGAGAAGUCGCCUGGCCCUCUACAAGAGACCCAAAGCCAACGGGGUCAAACCUGAUGUCAUCCACAAUGUCUCCACCCCUCUGGUGUCAAAGGUGAGAGGUCACAUUAUAUUUAGACAGUCUUUCACAGUAUUAAACACUAUCUAUAAAAUGUUUACUUAUUAACUCUAUAACUGUUUUUUUUAAUGCAGGAAUUAAUAGUACAUACAGUGGGGAAAAAAAGUAUUUAGUCAGCCACCAAUUGUGCAAGUUCUCCCACUUAAAAAGAUGAGAGAGGCCUGUAAUUUUCAUCAUAGGUACACGUCAACUAUGACAGACAAAAUGAGGAAAAAAAAUCCAGAAAAUCACAUUGUAGGAUUUUUUAUGAUUUUAUUUGCAAAUUAUGGUGGAAAAUAAGUAUUUGGUCAAUAACAAAAGUUUCUCAAUACUUUGUUAUAUACCCUUUGUUGGCAAUGACACAGGUCAAACGUUUUCUGUAAGUCUUCACAAGGUUUUCACACACUGUUGCUGGUAUUUUGGCCCAUUCCUCCAUGCAGAUCUCCUCUAGAGCAGUGAUGUUUUGGGGCUGUCACUGGGCAACACAGACUUUCAACUCCCUCCAAAGAUUUUCUAUGGGGUUGAGAUCUGGAGACUGGCUAGGCCACUCCAGGACCUUGAAAUGCUUCUUACGAAGCCACUCCUUCGUUGCCCGGGCGGUGUGUUUGGGAUCAUUGUCAUGCUGAAAGACCCAGCCACGUUUCAUCGUCAAUGCCCUUGCUGAUGGAAGGAGGUUUUCACUCAAAAUCUCACGAUACAUGGCCCCAUUCAUUCUUUCCUUUACACGGAUCAGUCGUCCUGGUCCCUUUGCAGAAAAACAGCCCCAAAGCAUGAUGUUUCCACCCCCAUGCUUCACAGUAGGUAUGGUGUUUUUUGGAUGCAACUCAGCAUUAUUUGUCCUCCAAACAUGACGAGUUGAGUUUUUACCAAAAAGUUAUAUUUUGGUUUCAUCUGACCAUAUGACAUUCUCCCAAUCCUCUUCUGGAUCAUCCAAAUGCACUCUAGUCAACUUCAGACGGGCCUGGACAUGUACUGGCUUAAGCAGGGGGACACGUCUGGCACUGCAGGAUUUGAGUCCCUGGCGGCGUAGUGUGUUACUGAUGGUAGGCUUUGUUACUUUGGUCCCAGCUCUCUGCAGGUCAUUCACUAGGUCCCCCCGUGUGGUUCUGGGAUUGUUGCUCACCGUUCUUGUGAUCAUUUUGACCCCACGGGGUGAGAUCUUGCGUGGAGCCCCAGAUCGAGGGAGAUUAUCAGUGGUCUUGUAUGUCUUCCAUUUCCUAAUAAUUGCUCCCACAGUUGAUUUCUUCAAACCAAGCUGCUUACCUAUUGCAGAUUCAGCCUUCCCAGCCUGGUGCAGGUCUACAAUUUUGUUUCUGGUGUCCUUUGACAGCUCUUUGGUCUUGGCCAUAAUGGAGUUUGAAGUGUGACUGUUUGAGGUUGUGGACAGGUGUCUUUUAUACUGAUGAUAAGUUCAAACAGGUGCCAUUAAUACAGGUAACGAGUGGAGGACAGAGGAGCCUCUUAAAUAAGAAGUUACAGGUCUGUGAGAGCCAGAAAUCUUGCUUGUUUGUAGGUGACCAAAUACUUAUUUUCCACCAUAAUUUGCAAAUAAAUUCAUUAAAAAUCCUACAAUGUGAUUUUCUGGAUUUUUUUUUCUCAAAUUGUCUGUCAUAGUUGACCUAUGAUGAAAAUUACAGGCCUCUCUCAUCUUUUUAAGUGGGAGAACUUGCACAAUUGGUGGCUGACUAAAUACUUUUUUCCCCCACUGUAUAUACGACUACGUUUUUUAACUCUUACCACAUAUGGUACUAAUACAUUUUCAAACAGGCAAAACUUUUGGAAUGCCCUUUCCUAUGUAGCUGGCUAUAUGACCUGGUUCCUGUAUAUGUGUCUUCUGCAUCGACAGGCUCUUAGCAACAAAAGCCAGCACAGCAUCUCCUACACCCUGUCCAGGAGUCACUCGGUCAUCGUAGAGUACACCCAUGAUAGCAACACAGAUAUGUUUCAGGUGAGUCACCUUUAACAUGACAUGCCAACUCAGCCAGAGCCCCAACGCUUCAGCCCAAAAAGGACCUAGAAACUGAGAACAGAGUAUGCAACACCCUACUUCCAUUUUAUUGCCAUUUGGGAUCCACACAGUCACAGCCUUAUAGCAGACUCCCUUGUCCUUGCCUACACACUAGCCUGGCCCUAGAUCAGUUUGUACUUUAUAGCAUAACAACGACCGUAGGAGUUGGCUAUAUGGCACAAACAGAUCUGGGACCAGUCUACCUACACACUCACUGUGAGCAGAUGUCACAGUUCAAUGUAAUUUGUUAGCAGACACCAUAGGGAUUCUUAGAAAUGCAGAGUCAUGAGAAGACUGUGGUGGUGUCUGCUCCUCUCUUCUCCUCUCCUGUCCUCCCCUCCUUUCUCUCUCCUCUCCUCUCCUCCCAUCCGCUAUCUAUCUCUCAUCCCUGUGAUGAAUGUGGAGUCCCAACUCCUGCAGACUGAAUGGAUCCGAGGUGCCACAGGCUGCAGGGCUGUGAUGCUCCAGGGCUGCAGUGAGCCCAUCUGUCCCUCUGUCUGCUCUCUCUCCAACCAGGGGCUGUGAUAGGCUGCCAUUUUAUCUCCUGGCAGCCUGGGAGGGAGCUGAUAGGAAUUUGAACUGUUUGAAGUGGAAUUGGGCGCGGGACGGACUUGUGAAAUGUUGUGGGCAUUUGUCCACAGUGCCCCAGACGAUAUCCUGACUUCAGUGGGAUUGAAAUGGAAUUGGGUCUUUCUAUCUCCCUCCUCCCUAAAGACAUAUUUACACUCAUAUAUUUGAUUAUAUUCAUGACACUACUCCACCCUACUCCACCCUACUCCACACUACUCCACACUACUCCACACUACUCCACCCUACUCCACACUACUCCACACUACUCCACCCUACUCCACCCUACUCCACACUACUCCACCCUACUCCACCCUACUCCACACUGCUCCACCCUACUCCACACUACUCCACCCUACUCCACACUGCUCCACCCUACUCCACACUACUCCACCUUACUCCAUACUACUCCACCCUACUCCACACUACUCCACCCUACUCCACACUACUCCACACUACUCCACCCUACUCCACACUGCUCCACCCUACUCCACACUACUCCACACUGCUCCACACUACUCCACCCUACUCCACACUACUCCACCCUACUCCACACUACUCCACACUACUCCACACUACUCCACCCUACUCCACCCUACUCCACCCCACUCCACACUACUCCACCCUACUCCGCACUACUCCACCCUACUCCACCCUACUCCACCCUACUCCACACUACUCCACCCUACUCCACCCUACUACACACUACUCCACCCUACUCCACACUACUACAACCUACUCCACACUACUCCACCCUGCUCCACCCUACUCUACCCUACUCCACACUGCUCCACCCUACUCCACACUACUCCACCCUACUCCAUACUACUCCACCCUACUCCACACUGCUCCACCCUACUCCACACUACUCCACACUGCUCCACACUACUCCACCCUACUCCACCCUACUCCACACUACUCCACCCUACUCCACACUGCUCCACACUACUCCACCCUACUCCACACUGCUCCACCCUACUCCACACUACUACACACUACUCCACCCUACUCCACACUGCUCCACACUACUCCACACUGCUCCACCCUACUCCACACUGCUCCACACUACUUCACGCUGCUCCACACUACUCCACUCUGUUCUGCUGUACUUUAUUCUGUAAUUAUAUUAACCAUCUCCUAUGUUCUAUCUCCUAUGUUCUAUCUCCUAUGUUCUUUCUCCUAUGUUCAAUCUCCUAUGUUCUCCCCCUACAGAUCGGGCGUUCUACAGAGAGCAUGAUUGACUUUGUGGUGACGGACACGGCAGGCUGCAGCACCAGUGGUGGCGGGGGGCAGGGCCAGGGGGGAGGAGGAGGAGGAGGGCAGUCGGCCCAGAGCACAAUAUCCCGCUACGCGUGCCGCAUCAUGUGCGAACGCAGCGCCCCGUACACGGCCCGCAUCUAUGCCGCCGGCUUCGACUCCUCCAAAAACAUCUUCCUGGGGGUGAGUCAUCACGGUGACGACUACAGUGUGAGUGACAGCAUGGGCGACAUCACACCCCUUUGAUUUAAUUGUGGUGUUGAGCGUCAUUAUGUGUGAUAUACUGUGGAGAUGAAUCAUGGAGGAACUGGUGUUGUGGUGUGGAGGAGUUGUUAGUGGGUGUGUGAAUGUUCACCAUGUGGCCUGCUUCUUGGGAAUGUUUUGUCGAGGUGUACACAGCCUGGACAAACACAUUAGCACUCUCUUGUCCCCAUCUUAUGCACAAACACACUUCAUCUAGCCCCCCAGUGCACACACACACACACACACUUCGUCUAGCAUGGUUUUCAUGUGUUUGAUGCCAUUCCAUUUACUCCGUUCCAGCCAUUAUUAUGAGCUGUCCUCCCCUCAGCAGCCUCCACUGAUAGAGACAUACACACUCCUCUGGUCUGGCUGUCUUCUUCACCUUGGUGGUAUAGCUUCUCACUGGCCGGUUGGCCCUGCGCCCAGCCACAGAAACAGCUCCGGCCUGCACUUUGUUUAGAGAUAAGACGAUCAACGGUAAUUAUCAAUAAACACAUGUCCGGGACGGCCAGGCCGCUUUGUCAGGCUCUAAGUGCCACAACUCUUUUAAUGGAUUGGAUUUAUGACAGCAUUGUUGGAUACUAUACUCUCACACACACACAUACACACACACACACACACAAACUGGGAAUUGUGGGAAUCAAGGAGCUGUGAUUAAAUAGAUAUGUAUGCAUGUUAUGUGUGUGUGCAAACACUUGUGUCUGUGUGUGUGUGUGUGUGUGUGUGUGUGUGUGUGUGUAUGUGUGUGUAUGUGCACAAACGCGUGUGUGUGCAUGUGAGUGCAAGUGUGAGUGUUUGUUUGCUGAAAACCGCUCCAAUCAGCAAAUACAACAAUCGACUAGCAUUAAAAUCACAGUGCAGUGGUCCAGUGUUGUGAAGUGGAGGGGGGGUUGCUAGCUUACUCAUUGACAAAAUAAGCUUUUGAUCCAUUCUGGCAGAGGCACUCAGUUCUCCCCCUCCCCUCCCCUCUCCUCUCGCCCAUACCAUGGAAUGAGAUAUUGAAGGGGUUCUGCAAGAUUAAUUUGUUAAUGGAGAGAGUUGGCAAGGGGGGAGACAGGGAGGCCGGUGGGGGAGGGAGGGAGGGAGGGCAUUGUCAUUGUGGAAGACAUUGGCGGCAGGGGUCCAGCAGUACUCAUCUCCAUCGAUGGGAGCGAGCCCCAGGGUCCGAGUCAGACACACUGUACUGCCACACCGCCAGUCUGCCACUGACCUCCACUAGCACUUGAUUAUGAGGGGCAAGAAGGGCGGCCAUAUUGGAUUGGAUUAAGGAAGGUGGUAAUGGGUUUUAAAAGAUUGAAAACUGCCUCCUGUGCCAACAGUGACCAAUGACAGGAUAGUUAAUAUACCAUAUGCAGUUAUACAGUGUAGGCUUUAGUGCAUAGCACACAAGAAAGCAUUGUUUAUUCUGAAAAUGUUUUUACUGACUACAGCCAGAGAGGAAGAGGAGAAGCGAGAGGGAUAACUGGGCCCAAAAUCUGUCUUCUCCAGCAGGUGGAGAUUUUUCAAUUUUUUUCACUCACCAUGCGAGGGAUAUUUGUAUGGAGAUCAAUGACAGCAUGUCGAAUUUGGUAAAGGAAAAAUUGAAGGGCUUAUUUGCUACGUGUGGCAUAUUUGAUAAAAUAGAAGUUUCGUAAUGCUUUGGUUGGUACAAGUGUACUCAUAUCUUUGCCCGUUUUGCCUGUUGUUCACACACGUAUCUGCCCUCUCAUUGGCUAGAAUGGUCCCACCUGAUCUUGCCUCCUGCCCUGCCUUCCAUGUUUUGUUUUUAUUGUUAGAGCAGCCACUUGAGUAUCUGGUCAAUAUAAUGGAUCAUCUGUGCUACAGCUAACACAAAAUGACGACACUGAUGACAGUUAUAGCGUGACAUCACAUCUUGUGACACUACAAAGUCAACCCACAAGGACAAUGUGACCAUAACAUCCGGAUGACUAACCUAACCCAACUAUAGAGACUUUUAUAACUGAUCUCAGCAUCGUAGCAUGCCGUCGGUGCGCGGCUAUGCUAACAAUACAGCUAGAGAACCUCAGAGCCCACAAGGACGUCUAAUAGCUUAAGAGCUGCUAGCUGCUGUCAAUGAAGUGCAGGCUUAGUAACCUCAGCACGGCUCCCCUCCUUCAUACUGUAACUGGCACACAUACAAUGUCCUUGGCAGAUAGCGGAGUCAGGCUGGCGGCUCGGCCCACUGCUAGUGUGGAGGUGGAGAGAGAGAGAGAGAGACGUACAUUUACUGUACUGGUUGAAUGGCUUGCAGUCGUGACCGCUUUAAAUUCUAUGUCCACUGACAGAGAAUAUCAGAGAACACUGCCGCUGCAGGGAUUGAAUGCCCUGCAAUGUUUAUGCGUGCGUGUGCAUCUCUGUGUGUUAGUCAGUAUAGCAGUCAUACUCUGUGCUAAAUAUAGCAGUGCAAAAAAGCAAUGUUAGCUGUUUUUUUCUCCCCCUCUUUCUCUAUUUGCCCUCUCUAUCUCUCUCUCCCUCUCUCUCUCUCUCUCUCUCUCUCCCUCACUCCCUCCCUCUCUCUCUCUCUCUCUCUCUCUCUCUCUCUCUCUCUCUCUCUCUCUCUCUCUCUCUACCUCCCUCACCUCUUGAUCUCUCUAUAUCUCUUUCAUCACUAUCCCUCACCUUGGCUCUCUGUCUGUCUCUUUGUGUGCGGGGGCGGGUCUCUCAGGAGCGGGCUGCCAAAUGGCGGACAUCGGACGGCUUGAUGGACGGCCUGACCACCAAUGGCGUGCUGGUGAUGCACCCGGCGGGGGAGUUUGUGUCUGAGCCGGCGCCAGGCGUGUGGCGGGAGAUCUCAGUGUGCGGGAACGUCUUUGCCCUGCGGGAGACACGCUCGGCCCAGCAGAGGGGGAAAUUGGUGAGAGGGGGUACAUGAGUGGUAAGGGGGGUGGGGGGGUUAUCAAGGCUACUGUUAUGCCUGGAGGUAUCUCAAGGACACCUAGACUAGACUAUGAAUGAUGAGAUAUUAUUAUAUUUUAUAAGUAAAUUAAUUGAUAAAGGAAACAGAGCCUCAAACCUGUCUGGUUAUCAAGGCUGUUACACUACUAUGUGUGUUUCUGAGGGGUUAUAUAACGGACUGCACAGUCAAACUAGGUUUCUCAACUAUGAGUGAUGAUUUAUUGAAUGAUGUUUUGUUAAUCGAUCAUUGGCAUUUUUAUUAGAUUAUUGAUGGUAUGUAAAUCAUUUGAUUCAAUUAUUGAUGGUAUGUUAAUCAUUUGAUUAGACUCUUGAUGGUAUUUGAAUAUUUUGAUUAGACUCUUGAUGGUAUGUGAAUCAUGUGAUUCAAUUAUUGAUGGUAUGUGAAUCAUUUGAUUAGAUUAUUGAUGUUAUGUGAAUCAUUUGAUUUGAUUAUUGAUGGUAUGUGCAUCAUUUGAUUAGACUCUUGAUGGUAUGUGAAUCAUUUGAUUAGACUCUUGAUGGUAUGUGAAUCAUUUGAUUAGAUUAUUGAUGGUAUGUGAAUCAUUUGAUUAUAUUCUUGAUGGUAUGUGAAUCAUUUGAUUAUAUUAUUGAUGGUAUGUAAAUCAUUUGAUUAGAUUAUUGAUGGUAUGUGAAUCAUUUGAUUAGACUCUUGAUGGUAUGUGAAUCAUUUGAUUAUAUUCUUGAUGGUAUGUAAAUCAUUUGAUUAUAUUCUUGAUGGUAUGCAACAGGAUAAGAUGGAUCCCCUGGUUUUAAUGUCUAUGGUCUGAUCACAGUGCCAUUAAGUUAAGAUCGUUGGGAAGGAAACAGGAAAAUAAGUACCACACACCUAAAAAGGAAACAAUGUAUGCAAAUAGUUAUGGGUUAGUCAGUUACAGUAUUUUCUGUGCUAGUUUACUAAUCGUCCCCCUAUCCCUCCUCACUCUCCCUUCCUCCACUCUCCCUUCCCUCACCCUCCCUUCCUCCACUCUCCCUUCCUCCACCCUCCCUCCCUUCCUCCACCCUCCCUCCCUUCCUCCACCCUCCCUCCCUUCCUCCACCCUCCCUUCCUCCACCCUCCCUUCCUUCCCCCCAGGUGGAGAACGAGUCCAACACCCUGCAGGACGGCUCUCUGAUCGACUUGUGUGGCGCCACCCUCCUGUGGCGUACCCCGUCGGGCCUGCGCCGCACCCCUACCCUCAAGCAGCUGGAGACCCUCCGCCAGGAGCUGAAUGCCGCCCGGCCCCAGUGCCCCGUGGGUUUCAACACCCUGGCCUUCCCCAGCCUGGCCCAGAGAGAGAUUGUGGACAAGAAGCAGCCCUGGGUCUACGUCAACUGUGGUCACGUCCACGGCUACCACAACUGGGGCUACCGGAAAGACAAGGGCCACAACGUGGGCCCCGGGGGGACGGCUCCGGCGAGCACCGGGGAAAGGGAGUGCCCCAUGUGCCGGUGCGUGGGCCCCUACGUGCCCCUGUGGCUGGGCUGUGAGGGUGGGCUGUACCUGGACGCGGGCCCCCCGACGCAUGCCUUCUGCCCCUGUGGCCAUGUGUGUUCGGAAAAGACAGUGGCGGGCUGGAGCCAGAUCCCGCUGCCGCACGGCACACACGCCUUCCACGCCGCAUGCCCCUUCUGUGGCACCUGGCUGACGGGCGAGCAGGGCCACAUCAAACUCAUCUUUCAGGGGCCCGUCGAC